AUGGAGAGGCUUCCAUUCGCACUCAGUGUAGAGGACAAGUUCAUAGAAGUUAGAUCCUCCGGAUUUCCAAGUGGAUUGCCGUCUACCACCUCAGUCCCUAAUGACUUUGUCCAAUCAAUGGAGGUCAUGGUACACCAGCAGUCUCUUCUAAUGUGUAAGGAAGUGAAGCAUAACAAUGGUCUCCUUGAUUCCACGAAGCAUGGCACAGAGAACUUCGCUCAACGAAGGCUUAGAUAA